UUCUUUUUGAUGAUUAAUGAGCUAAAAUUGUACUUAGUCUCUCAUAAACUAAUCAUUCAUGUUAACGAACUCUCUCUCUAUCUGUGUCUUGCAGCUGCUAAGUUGGAUGCGAACGAUAAAGCCUAAUGGCUUAGACUCAUCAAAGAAGUUCAAAGGUGGUUUAUGUAGUCUAAGAGCUCAGGUUUUCUCUGAUGUCCAAGACAUCCGCACAAACUCCUUUUCCUUCUACGGACACACUCAUGACCCGAAUCCAUCCAAAGUUGAACAGGAUCUUCGGUUUGAUGAAGACGAAUUUUGCGGAUUUCUGGCCAUCGGGACGCUUGGUACAGACCCUGAGACACCAAAGUUCUCAGCUAUGGUUGCAGAAGAAGAUGCAACCGGAGAAAUCAAGGAGAUGGCCAAGCUCAUUGCUAAGAAACUAGACCAGUUUCUUAAGGAAUAUCCUGAGGAUACUAGAAGUAAGCGGGUAAAAAUAUCGAAUGAAUGUCCUCUACAAGAUUAUGAUCUCUUUCGAUCAUCCAUUGAGCUUACCAAGGGAAGCAAUGGAAGAGUAAAGAAGAAAAAGAGUUUACUUACGAGUCUCUUCAAGAGGAGACAAACAGUACAAGGAGAACCUUACAUAGAGAAACAUAGCACAAGAGAUGCGAUUAAAAGGGUAUUUAAAAAGCUUCAUGGAGCUUCUUCAAAGACAAGAAAUGAUGAUGAAGAUGAUUCUAUGUCCAAGAAGAAGAAAGAUCUCAAAAAGGUUUAGUCUUCUUUAGCUUAAAGCAUUUUCAAAUCUUACCCAAAGAGAUUGGUCUGAAGAAUUCUGAAUGUUAAUAUGGUUUCUGUUUUGGCUAUAGAAUGUUCAAACCUGCCGACGUAAAGUCCACCCUGUUCUCUGUACAACUGCAAUUCCACAAGACGAUAACGAGAUAGAUGACAGAAGAAAAGUGGAUCUCAAGGUCCCUAGUCUUACUGGAGGGUUCCUCGGUGCAAGUUCCAUCUCCGAAGCGAACAGGAAACGAGAAAACUGGAUCAAGACCGACACAGAGUGUAAGUCAAGAUACACAAAGAACACUUUGUUUUUACACAAAGAAAACUGGAUCAAGAGUUUUCUUAUCAUUUGCUUGCUUUCUGCAGAUCUUGUUCUGGAGCUGUGAAGAUAUAUUCUCACUGCAACAAACCUCUAUUGAUGUUCCAAGCAAAGCUCUCUCCUAUCAAAUCCAUAUAUAAUACACAAAAAUCAGUAUCUAUUAAUGUGUAGUCAAAGGGUUAUGUACUCUAGUUUAAGGCAAUGUAAAAGAAGCUCAUGUAUGAAAAGUAUUGUACCCAAAUUUAAAUAGCAUUCGAAGUAGCACCUAUUCAUGAUUUGGCCACAAGUGUUAACCGCUAAUAACCGUCAUAUCUCUGCUCCAAACCAAUCACUGAUGACACUAAAAAGAUUAGAACAUUUUGAAAAGAUGCAUAGAGAAAUAGGUACUAUAUACUGAAUGCUUAUUCGACCGGAUUCAAUCGGAUAACAAAAAACCGAAACCAAACCUUCAUUGGGUCCACUAUUAUUCAAGGCUCUACAGUAACAAACAAAAAGGCAAACCAAACUACUAAGAAAACAAUUAGGGAGUGGGCACAUUUCUUGAUAUAUCAUCUUUAUGCAGUAAUCUACUUUAUAUCAAAUCCUUUAACAAAAAGCAAACAACACCAAGGAGCAUAGAAGCAAUUGAUUGAACAAUCAUAAAAGAGAAAGAAGAAGAUAAGUU